AUGACCAAGUCUAACGCAAAUAAAAUAAAGUUUGUUAAGUUCCCUACGGGAAUUCCACGACUAUUAACUUACCUUAAAACAGAUAGCUGGAGAAAGGCAAGACCAGGAGAAACUCCAUGGAUUAAGAGUAGAGUUAAUCAAAAUUAUAAAUCUGUGGUGCAUAGAAUGAAAUAUGAAUUAAAUGAUUUAAUAGAUUACCUUUCUCCAACUGAAGUAGAAAGAUCAUUAAGAAUAUUUAGCAUCAAAAGGAUUGAAAAUGCGAUAAAGGAGAAAUUUGUUGGUUCUGAAGUUUUUGUAUUUGGAAGUUAUAGAUAUGAAGCUCUACUUGACUUAGCUGAUUAUUUAGAAACUAGAAAUUAUUCUUGUUGUGUCCCAUUAGUGACUAUUGGUGCAGCAGUCCCUGUGAUCAAAUUCAAAGAAAAAUAUUCUAGUAUUAAAUUUGAAAUAUCAUUUAAUCAGAAACAUGUUUUUAAAUCUGUUGAUAAUAUUUCAAAGUUUCUUAAUGAUAUUCCCAUUCUCCAGAAAAUGUUGUUAGUUCUAAAAUAUUUCAUGAAACAUCAUAACCUUGAUGAUCCAUCUAAUGGUGGAAUGAGGGGCUAUACUUUAUUCUACAUGGUUCUAAGUUUUCUACAGUUACACCCAUAUUAUGGAACUUUAAAAAUGGAUGAUGAUAGCAAUCUUGAUGUUUUAAUUAUAGAAUUUUUUGAAUUAUAUGGAACUCAAUUCAAUUACACUGAUUUAGCAAUUAUUACAGCAAAUGAAGGGAAUGAAGGAUGCUAUUGUUUAAAAAAUAGCCAGACUUGGACAGUUAAAAAACCAAUUAAGAAUUUAUACGUGGUAAAAAUUCAAAAAGCAUUUAAACGAGCAUACCUACGACUUGUUAAUAGAGUGGGACUACUUGAAAGAAAACUUAGACCAGUUGGUACUAAUCAUGUUAGUGGUUUUCAAAAUGGUUCAAUACUUUCAUCUAUCUUGUUUGUUUCAGAGGAUUUACAAAUAUCUAGAAGAAAAUUAGCACGAGAGUACCACGAUGAUGACUUAAAACAAUUGGUUCAAAGAACAGGCAAUGAUCUUGGAACAUUAUUACAGCUUGAUAAUUGUUGUAACGUGAUCAAGAAAUAUGAAAAAGAAAUUAAAUAUAUGUGCGAUCAGUAUAAACUUACGAGGUAA